UUACCUGCUGGUCUGGGUCCAAGGAAGGGCAACAGGCAUUUCUGGAAUCCCAGUCCCAGGUUUGGGGCACUACCCCGCACUGUCUUUAACGAUGUCUUACGUUUGUUCUCUCUUGUACGAUGUCACCCGGAAAGGCGGUUUACCGCAGGCGCAAUCGUUUGUUUUUUUGGCCAUGUUGUGUACAGUGGUUACACUGUGUCUAUGUGUCAGACGUACAUAUCCCAGAUUGAAAGAAACACAUUUCCAUGCCAGACACUCAACGGUCAUUCACAACCUAUUCUUCACAUGAUAACUGUAUGA